ACUCAGGUUUGAAUGGAGACGGAAAUAUGUGAGUUUCAGUGAAGAAAAAUAGACGAGGAGCAGAGCCCUCAGGCUAGAGAACAUAUCACUUAUUUAUUGAUUCGGGACGCUUUUAAAACAAGAAGAGGGCAGUUUUACUCAUCUGCAAACGAUCAGUCCUCUCCUCUCCUUCAGCCUCCAAGAUAGAUUCUCUCAGGAGUAAGGUUGAACUGCUGAAGUUGCCGUUGACUCUGUCAUCCAAAUCCAUCUCAGAGCGCAAGACUCAGCUGGGCAGAACCACAGAACGCUCCAGGGGUGGAGCUGGGGACCACAAGCCCCACCCAUCGGCCCCAGACAUGGACAACGAGUCCCAGUACUCUGGAUAUUCCUACAAGUCUUCCCAUUCACGCAGUUCUCGCAAGCACAGGGAAAGGAGAGACAGACAUCGCUCUAAAAGUAGAGACAGCAGUAGCAGAGGAGACAAGUCGGUCACCAUCCAGGCACCAGGAGAACCCCUUCUAGAUGCAGAGUCCACUCGUGGAGACGACAGGGAUGAUAACUGGGGCGAGACCACCACGGUUGUCACCGGAACUUCUGAGCACAGCGUCUCAAAUGAGGACCUCACUCGGGCCUCUAAAGAACUGGAGGACUCCUCGCCCUUGGAGUGUCGUCGUUUCGCUGGGCCGAUCCUGAGUGGCAUUUUGGGUCUCUUUGCUCUUCUGACGCCUCUCGCCUUCCUCCUGUUGCCUCAACUGAUGUGGCGCGAUUCGCUAGAGCCCUGCGGGACCCCGUGCGAGGGUCUUUAUGUCUCCCUCGCCUUCAAACUCCUCGUCCUCCUGAUCUCCUCCUGGGCUCUGUUCCUCCGCCCCUCUCGCGCCACGCUCCCACGCUUCUUUGUUUUCCGCUGCCUCCUGAUGGCACUGGUGUUCCUUUUUGUGGCGUCCUAUUGGCUAUUCUAUGGUGUGAGAGUGCUGGAGCCAAGAGAGCGAGAUUACAGGGGCAUUGUGGGAUAUGCUGUGUCGCUGGUGGAUGCGCUGUUGUUUAUUCAGUAUUUGGCACUAGUGCUCCUUGAAGUGAGGCACCUCAGGCCGGCCUUUUGCCUCAAAGUGGUGCGCACCACGGAUGGCGCUAGCCACUUCUAUAAUGUGGGCCACCUUAGUAUCCAGCGGGCAGCAGUGUGGGUCCUCGAUCACUACUAUACUGAUUUCUCUGUUUACAACCCUGCUUUACUCAACCUACCAAAGUCUAUCCUUUCUAAAAAGAUGUCUGGAUUCAAGGUGUACUCACUGGGAGAAGAGAACAGCACCAAUAACUCAACUGGUCAGUCACGUGCAAUGAUCGCUGCCGCGGCACGCAGAAGAGACAACUCUCAUAAUGAGUACUACUAUGAAGAGGCAGAGAUGGACCGCAGAAUUCGAAAGCGAAAGGCCAGACUGGUGGUAGCAGUAGAGGAGGCAUUCACACAUAUCAAAAGGCUUCAGGAUGAUGAGGUGGCAACUUCGCCCAAGCACCCUCGUGAGGUGAUGGACCCUCGGGAGGCAGCACAAGCCAUUUUUGCUCCCAUGGCACGAGCCAUGCAGAAAUACCUUCGUACAACACGACAACAGCCGUACCACAGUAUGGAGAGCAUCAUUGCUCACCUGCAGUUCUGCAUUACUCACAACAUGACACCCAAGGCUUUUCUCGAGCGAUACCUCACACCUGGCCCUACAAUGCAGUACCAGCGAGAGAAUGGUAGAGGGCGCCAGUGGACUCUGGUGAGCGAGGAGCCUGUGACUUCAGCGCUGCGUCAGGGACUGGUGUUCACCCUCCGUCGUCUUGAUUUCGCUCUGGUUGUCACGGUGACGUCUCUACCUUUCUUCAACCUAGGGGAGGAGUUUAUCGACCCCAAGAGCCACAAGUUUGUGAUGCGGCUUCAGUCGGAAACCUCUGUUUGAGAAUGACAGCAAAUGUCAUGGAAAUGCAGUGGACUCAAGCGAAGGCGAGACUGAGAACAAUCCAUAAUAAGGGCAGGAGAGAUCAAUAGAAAGACGGGGGGGAUAACCACUCUUUUACAUUUAGAUAUCACUCACGUCUUUUUAAAUGGCUGUUUGUGCUUUUUUACUUUUAGUGAACAGCCUUCAAUCUAUGAAACUCACUAACUUUUAUGCAUUUUAGCUGUGAAUAACGUUUUACAUGUAUCAAAUACUAUUUUCACAUAUCGGUCACUACUGGUUUUGAGGGGUUACUGCACAAUAUAAAACAAUUUACAAGCAAAUCUAGGCACCAUAACAUGGCUGACUUCAACAGAUGAACAAACGUGUUACUAUUGCAGUUCUCACAAACUGUCCUAGUACGUGUGACCAACACUACACAUAAAUCUCUAAAAGUGUAUACUGAUCACAAGAGAACAAUCAAGUGCUUUACUGUUUUUCUUGCUGUGUAAACUGGGUAUCCAGGUCAGAAGAGCUUGUGAGAUGUAUGUUUGUAACUCUCCUAUUGCCCUUGAGUUUUGUAUCUGUUGUGAAUGUUUUAAGACUUUGUAUGUAUCUUGUUUGUUUAUUUUAAUGAUUCAAGGGGCCUUUUUCAUCAUUUAUUUACAUUUUGUAGCCAAUUGGUUCUGUAUACCAGCAAUGUUGUUUUCCUUAGAACACAAUUUUGUUCAAAAGGUGGCAAACAUGACUUUUAUGUGUUUAGUAUAAAGCGUAAGUCUGUCACAUAUGACCAAUCAAAUUUAUCCUUUACAGAAAAAGCAAAAACAGCCGAGAAUGUUACGAAUGUGUGCCAAAUUGUUAUAAUUCUGCCUCCGAGGCCUUUAUUCAUGUUGUGACUAUGCACACAGAGAUGGUCGUAUUGGAAUCCACCUCAGAUUUUAGCUGAUUUAACUUAAGUCCUCCUAUCAUGUCUUUUCCACAAACUUCACUCUUUCUCCUGAUAACAACAUUGAGUUAUAGUAGUUUUUUGUCCCUCACUUUUUUUGUACAUAACCUUUUAUACUUGCGUGUAUGUCAGUGAAACAGGAAUCUGAAAUAUUGUUGGUUGUAUUAUGUUUUUCAAAACUUGCAGUUUUAGUUUUUCAUUUUUAGGCCUGAUGCAUGCACAUAGGUGAUGCAGUUUUGUAAAAAACAAAAAACAAAAAAAAUCAAUCUACUUUAUUAUAUUGAAUGAAAGUUAAGCUAAUCUUUUUAACUGUUUCCCUUAAAAUAUGGUUUGUUUGAAAGAUAUUUGUAGAUUUUGGUUAUAGUGUGAAACCUUUGGUAAUAUUAGAACUAAAAUGUUGCAGCUUUUUAAAAUAAAUGAUCGA